AUGGAUCUUGUUAGAGGGUCAGGGCUGAUCCCUGUCAAAAAGAGACCCAAAAUUCUACAUGGCUCUUCUUCCUUCUGCCACUAUGAAGUGAAAUUUAAAGGAAUUGUCCUGUUUCUUGUAGAAAGGAAGAUGGGGACAAGCAGGAGGAAUUUCCUAAUGGAACUGGCGAAAAAGAGAGGUUUCCAGAUUGAACGUGAAUUAAGAGAUUGUGUCACUCAUAUUGUGGCCGAGAACAACUCUGGGGCUGAAGUCGUGGAAUGGCUGCAAUCUAGGAAAUUGAACAAUGCCGUUAAAUGUCAGAUUGUUGACAUCUCCUGGUUCACCGAGUGUAUGGGAGCGGGAUGUCCUAUAAAGAUAGAGAGCCGGCACCAACUCACGGUGCAAGAAGAUUGCCCUGCCAGUUUCAAUAUGCCAGUCUCUUCAUCAUGUGUCCGUGUGUCUCCAUAUGCGUGUCAGAGACGGACGCCGCUUCAGGACAUCAACCGAAUAUUCACGGAUGCUUUUGAUAUCUUGGCAGAAAAUUAUGAAUUUUUGGAAAAUAAAGGACCUCGCGUGGCCUAUCAGAGAGCCUCAGCUGUGCUUAAAUCACUUCCAUUUCCCAUACUAACAAUGAAAGAUUUGGAAGGCUUGCCUCACCUGGGAGAGGAGAUGAAAUACAUCAUUGAAGAGAUUCUUGAAGAUGGAAAAUCCUCCAGAGUUGACCAAGUGAUAUAUUCUGAGAGAUACAAAUCAUUUAAGAUAUUUACAUCUAUCUUUGGAGUGGGUCUGAAGACUGCAGAGAAGUGGUACAGAAUGGGUUACCGGACUCUAGAAGAUAUAACAAGUAAUAAGGGUUUGACGUUUACAAGCAUGCAGAAACAUGGGCUACUUUACUAUGAAGACAUCACUAGUUCUGUAACAAAGACGGAAGCAGAUGCAGUUGAGCAUCUUAUCAGGACCGUUAUUUGUGGAUUUGUAUCAGAUGCCAUUGUGACAGUCACUGGUGGCUUCAGAAGGGGUAAAGAUGUUGGCCAUGAUGUGGAUAUCCUGAUUACAUGUCCCCAGAAAAGAGAUGAAAAUCAAAUUUUGCACAAAACCAUUAAUGCACUGAAAAAACGGGACCUACUGCUUUUCUGUUACCUUGUGGAGUCUACAUUUGAUGACACAAAACGCCCCAGCAGAUAUAUAGAUUCGCUCGAUCAUUUCCAAAAGUGUUUUCUAAUUCUCCAACUUCAGAAAGAAGAAAGUAAAAAUGCUUACAGCCAUAAGCCUAAAGGGUGUGAUGCCAAAAGAAGCUGGAAAGCUAUUCGUGUAGACCUGGUAGUAACUCCAUAUGAGCAGUAUGCCUUUGCACUUCUUGGCUGGACAGGCUCACAGCAGUUUGAAAGAGAUUUGAGGAGAUAUGCAUCCCAUGAAAAGAAGAUGAUGUUGGAUAACCAUGCCAUGUAUGAUAAAAGCAAGAACAUUUUUCUUAAAGCUGAAACAGAAGAAGACAUCUUUACACACCUUGGCCUGGAAUACCUGGAACCGUGGGAGAGGAAUGCAUAG